UACAAUUAUACGGACUACUUACAUAAAAGGCGAGAUAAGUGCAGUAUUCAGCUGUCAGUCUGUCUAAAACAAUAGCGACCGUCUCGUGUGUGGGGCGUGUACCCUGUUUUCACCUGUGGAUGGUUUAUUGCCUGAUAUCAAGCGGAAAGCCUAAGGCGAAAGAGAACGCGACUAUCCAUCUUAAGUUAAACAGUUAAGAAUAAUCAGCGUUGCGACGAGAACCGUGAGAGUAUAUUACAGUGUAAUAAUGAACGGACCGGUUGUUGUCAAAAUGAACAGUUUGGAGAGUGAAAUCCCACCACGGACGGCAGAGAAGCGGUUCAAGGUACGAUUCGCACCCGACCCGACCACCCUUCAGGCAAACCACGCAUUUCUGCCGAGACUAGUAGAAAAAUCAGGUGCUUGUAACGUGGAAUCGCGGACCGUUACUGGCAAAAAGCUAAAAUUUCUAAAUGACAUUUUCACGACACUACUGGAUACACCGUGGCGGUUUCUACUACCGAUAUUUUCGUUAGCAAUCUUGUUGAGUUGGGUGCUCUUCGCAUCCGUGUUUUAUGCUAUAGCGUCCGUACACGGAGACUUUGAGCGGAUCAAGGAGACGGAGGGAUGGACAACGUGUGUAGAAAAUACUCCAGACUUUAUUAACAUGUUGCUUUUCUCUAUGGAGACCCAGACUACUAUCGGCUACGGCACCAGGUAUGUGAAUGACGAGUGUCCUACUGCUGUUUUUUCGGUUCUGGUACAGUCAAUAAUUGGGGCCUUAUUGCAAGCCAUUCUCACUGGGCUGGUAAUCGCCAAGGUUCAGAAACCAAAGAAGCGGGGGAACACUAUUUUGUUUAGUAGAAAUGUGUGUAUAUCAGAAGAAGGUAACGAGAUGUUCUUGUCGAUACGGGUUGGUGACCUGCAACGGUCGGACAUGAUCGAUACGCAUGCGCGUGCCAUUUGUGUUCGUGAUAGAGUAACAAAUGACGAUGAAUUCAUUUCUCACUUCCGGUAUGAUCUCGACUUCUCAGCACAAAAGACCAACCCUAGAAUUUCUUUGCGUUGGCCUGUUACGCUGCGACACCGAAUUACGCCAACAAGUCCCUUCUGGAACAACGAUGAAGAUGAUUUAAGGAGAACCAAUUUUGAAGUUAUCGUGUUCUUACAAGGGACUAUUGAGUCCACGGGAAUGAUGGUCCAGACACGCACUUCUUAUCUUCCAAGUGACUUCCUCUGGGACCGGAAGUUUAAACCAAUGAUGGCUGAAUGGAAGGCAACAGGAUCACUCGAUUUUGAUUAUUCUCAAUUUCAUGAAACCGUGUCAGUCGUGACUCCAUCCCCCGGCCGGAACCGGAAGAACAACCUUUUGGUGCGCUCUCUGUCGCCAACAGACUCGUGCUACGGAACAGAAUCGGGAAAUGGAGAGGGUUGUAACACAGACACAACAGAUUCAGAAAGUGAGCAGUCCUCAACUUACCAAGAUGACCUCCACAUACGGAAAAUAUCCGACAUGAGUCAGGACAUUAGCAGUUUGUCCGAUUGACGGGAACAGCCUGUCCAAGUAACGGCAAUAGUGUGCUGUGUAAAGGUGACCGUUUGUCCGAACUACGGGAACGGCUUAUCCGAUAAAGGGAACAGCUCGUCCCAGUGAUGGGAUAAGUGUGCCCAUGUGACGGUAACAGUUUGUGCAAGUGACGGGAACUGUAUGUCCGAAUUACGAGAACAGUUUGUCCGACUGACGGUAACAACUCGUUCAAGUAACGACAACUGACUAGUGUGCCGUGUGAAGGUACCGUGUGAAGUACGCGAACUGUUUGUCCGAUUGACGGGGACAACUCGUCCAAGUAACGACAACUGGCUAGUGUGCUGUGUGAAGGUGGCCGUGUGAAGUACGCGAACUGUUUGUCCGAUUGACGGGGACAACUCGUCCAAGAGACGGGAUCAAUGUGUCCAUGUGACGGUUACAAUUCGUGAAAGUGACGGGUACUGUAUGUCGACGGGAACAGUUUCAGAGUUUGUCGUAGUGACAGCUCGUCCCAGUGACGGGAUUGACGGUAAACGUUUGUCCAUGUGACGGCAACGGUUGUCCAAGUGACGGUUACAGUUUGUGCAAGUGAAAUGAAUAGCAAGUCAAAGGAACGGUAACAGUCUGUUUACUUGAUGGAAAAGAUUUGCUCAAAUGACGGGAAAUCAGUUUGUCGUAUUAAGAGAAAAAAAAAUCGUUUGUUGGACUGACUUAAUGACAGGAACAGUCUGUUCCACUGAAAACAUACAUGAGGGUCAUUAAAACGUUUGUCCGCGUGAAAGCAAUGGUGUUCGAGAGAAGAUAAUGGUUCGUGUUUGAGAAGGCAGCAAUUUGUCUCGCUAUCCAUGUAAUCCAAGACCGUUUGUCGGAGUCGGCAUGAGUGAGGACAUUUUUCUCAAAAUCAUAAACAUUAUAUUGGACUUAUUACACGAGCUUCAAAGGGUUUUACUUUAGUCACAAAGUGAACAAGUUUGAAAUUGUCUAACCAAAGUAAGAGCAAGUACACAUUUUGUGACUGAUAAAACAACAGACACUGGUCAUACUUGAUGUUGCCUAGGAGUUGUACUUUAUGAAUAAUUUGUGAAAAAUAAAUUGUUAUUAGUACCUGUGAGUAAAACCAAAGGAAUAUACCACCGUUUUUAUCGUUAGUUUGUGAUGUUAUUGUAUUUGUUAAGUAGUGACGCGAUAUCAAAUUCAAAUAAUGUUUGAAAUGUCAGAAUGGUUUACGAUGGAAAUCAGUCGCUGUACGGAACUGAUAAACAUAGAAAGCACGAAAAAAUGUUUGACUACAAAGAACGAUAUAAAAUGAUAUUACCUUUGCUGUUUUGAACGUAAAUAUAAGGAUAAAGAUGCAUCUUUUCACAUUUUAUAUGAAUAUGUUUGAACGGAACUUUGUUUCAUAACAUCAUAAAUGUGAAAAGAGGCAUUUCAAUCCUAAGUAUUAUGUUUUGCGUAUGAAAUCCGGCAAUAUGACCUAUUGUGCAUGACGUCAUCAAAAGAUAAUGGAAACCCGUCACAGCCUUCCAGCAUAUUUAUUAUGCAGUUAGGUAUUUUAGAAUUCCAAAAUGACUUAAAAAAAUUCGUGGUCAUGUAAUAAAAAAUUGUCUUGAAUUUGUUUUCCAUUUCAUACCAGUCUUAUGAAACACGUCGAUAAUUCGUCAUUCUUGUGUACCAGACUCGCUAGAAUGAAUUAUUCCUUGACUCGUUUCGUAUACCACUGGGAGCGAUGGAACUUUUAGCAGUAAGGGAGGAUACAAUUAAGUUGUUAUAUAGUACACUGUAGAUGGUGAUUUUGUCAGUGUUCGUUAAAUUUAUGUAAACAAGCUAAUGUGAUUUUAUCUUUGUGCCA